UGUGGUUCAGCAGAGUACAUGGCUCCAGAGGUAGUGGAGGCCUUCAGUGAGGAGGCUACGAUCUAUGAUAAGCGCUGUGACCUGUGGAGCCUGGGGGUCAUCCUGUACAUCAUGCUGAGUGGGUACCCUCCCUUCGUAGGGCGCUGUGGCACCAACUGUGGUUGGGACUGGGGAGAGCCCUGCCAGGAAUGCCAGGUAAGAUAUGAGCUGACACAAACACAUCAAUAACAUGCUAAAAAACAUACACAUGCCAAUUGACUACUACAACACGCUACAACACUACUUCUACUACAGCAGCACUACUACAACACUACUACUACAAUACACUACUACAACACUACUACUACAAUACACUACUACAACACACUACUACAACUAUAAACCACAACACACUACAAACACACUAAUACUACAACACUACUACUACAGCAACAACACUACUACAACACCACUACUACAACACUACUACUACAAUUACAACACUACUACAACACUACUACUACAAUUACAACACUACUACAACACUACUACACGCUACAACAACACUACAACAACAGCACUACUACUACAACACUACAAAAACACUACUACUACAACACGCUACAACAGCACUACGACGCUACUACUACAACAACACCACUACUACAACAACAGCACACUCAUCACUCCCAUUGGGAAGCAGAGGCACAAAUCAACAUCUUGAGAUCGCUUGGCCCUGAGAAAAAACCUUAUUAGUGCUGGCCACUCCUGAGCCUGAGACCGGUUGGUUAGGACAGGGGUUAAAGAUCAAAGGAGACUGCCUUUCUUGAAAUGUUUAAACACAUGGGAGCACAGUCUAGAUGUCAUUUUGGAGUCUUCCUUUAGAAGUCCUUAUAUGGAGUCUUCCUUUAGAAGUCCUUAUAUGGAGUCUUCCUUUAGAAGUCCUUAUAUGGAGUCAUCCUUUAGAAGUCCUUAUAUGGAGUCUUCCUUUAGAUGUCCUGUAUAUGGAGUCAUCCUUUAGAAGUCCUUAUAUGGAGUCUUCCUUUAGAUGUCCUUAUAUGGAGUCUUCCUUUAGAAGUCCUUAUAUGGAGUCUUCCUUUAGAAGUCCUUAUAUGGAGUCUUCCUUUAGAAGUCCUUAUAUGGAGUCUUCCUUUAGAUGUCCUUAUAUGGAGUCUUCCUUUAGAUGUCCUGUAUAUGGAGUCUUCCUUUAGAAGUCCUUAUAUGGAGUCUUCCUUUAGAUGUCCUGUAUAUGGAGUCUUCCUUUAGAUGUCCUGUAUAUGGAGUCUUCCUUUAGAUGUCCUUAUAUGGAGUCUUCCUUUAGAUGUCCUGUAUAUGGAGUCUUCCUUUAGAUGUCCUGUAUAUGGAGUCUUCCUUUAGAAGUCCUUAUAUGGAGUCUUCCUUUAGAUGUCCUGUAUAUGGAGUCUUCCUUUAGAUGUCCUUAUAUGGAGUCUUCCUUUAGAUGUCCUUAUAUGGAGUCUUCCUUUAGAUGUCCUGUAUAUGGAGUCUUCCUUUAGAUGUCCUUAUAUGGAGUCUUCCUUUAGAUGUCCUGUAUAUGGAGUCUUCCUUUAGAUGUCCUGUAUAUGGAGUCUUCCUUUAGAUGUCCUGUAUAUGGAGUCUUCCUUUAGAUGUCCUUAUAUGGAGUCUUCCUUUAGAUGUCCUGUAUAUGGAGUCUUCCUUUAGAUGUCCUUAUAUGGAGUCUUCCUUUAGAUGUCCUUAUAUGGAGUCUUCCUUUAGAAGUCCUUAUAUGGAGUCUUCCUUUAGAAGUCCUUAUAUGGAGUCUUCCUUUAGAAGUCCUUAUAUGGAGUCUUCCUUUAGAUGUCCUUAUAUGGAGUCUUCCUUUAGAUGUCCUGUAUAUGGAGUCUUCCUUUAGAUGUCCUGUAUAUGGAGUCUCUUUAGAUGUCCUUAUAUGGAGUCUUCCUUUAGAAGUCCUUUAUGGAGUCUUCCUUUAGAAUGUCCUUAUAUGGAGUCUUCCUUUAGAUGUCCUGUAUAUGGAGUCUUCCUUUAGAUGUCCUGUAUAUGGAGUCUUCCUUUAGAUGUCCUGUAUAUGGAGUCUUCCUUAGAUUCCUGUAUAUGGAGUCUUCCUUUAGAUGUCCUUAUAUGGAGUCUUCCUUUAGAUGUCCUGUAUAUGGAGUCUUCCUUUAGAUGUCCUGUAUAUGGAGUCUUCCCUUUUAGAUGUCCUUAUAUGGAGUCUUCCUUUAGAUGUCCUGUAUAUGAGUCUUCCUUUAGAUGUCCUGUAUAUGGAGUCUUCCUUUAGAAGUCCUUAUAUGGAGUCUUCCUUUAGAAGUCCUUAUAUGGAGUCUUCCUUUAGAUGUCCUUAUAUGGAGUCUUCCUUUAGAUGUCCUGUAUAUGGAGUCUUCCUUUAGAUGUCCUGUAUAUGGAGUCUUCCUUUAGAUGUCCUGUAUAUGGAGUCUUCCUUUAGAUGUCCUGUAUAUGGAGUCUUCCUUUAGAUGUCCUGUAUAUGGAGUCUUCCUUUAGAUGUCCUUAUAUGGAGUCUUCCUUUAGAUGUCCUUAUAUGGAGUCUUCCUUUAGAUGUCCUUAUAUGGAGUCUUCCUUUAGAUGUCCUUAUAUGGAGUCUUCCUUUAGAUGUCCUGUACAGUGCACUCGGAAAGUAUUCAGACCCUUUGUCUUUUUCCACGUUUUGUUACGUUACAGCCUUAUUCUAACAUGGAUUAAAACAAUAAUAAUCCUCAUCAAUCUACAAACACUACCCCAUAAUGACCCAAUACCCCAUAAUGACCCAAUACCCCAUAAUGACCCAAUACCGCAUAAUGACCCAAUACCCCAUAAUGACCCAAUACCCCACAAUGACCCAAUACCCCAUAAUGACCCAAUACCCCAUAAUGACAAAGUGAAAACAGGUUUUUAUGUAUUACAAAUAAAAAUCAGAAAUUCCUUAUUUACAUAAGUAUUCAGACCCUUUGCUAUGAGACUCGAAAUUCAGCUCAGAUUCAUCCUGUUUCCAUUGACCAUCCUUGAGAUGUUUCUACAACUUGAUUGGAGUCCUCCUGUGGUAAAUUCUAUUGAUUGGACAUGAUUUGGAAAGGCACACACCUGUUUAUAUAAGGUCUGAUGAAACCAAGAUUGAGCUCUUUGGCCUGAAUGCCAAGCGUCACGUCUGGAGGAAACCUGGCACCAUCCCUACGGUGAAGCAUGGUGGUGGCAGCAUCAUGCUGUGGGAAUGUUUUUCAGCGGCAGGAACUGGGAGACUAGUCAGGAUCGAGGGAAAGAUGAACGGAGCAAAGUACAGAGAGAUCCUUGAUGAAAACCUGCUCCAGAGCGCUCAGGACCUCAGACUGGGUCGAAGGUUCACCUUCCAACAGGACAACGACCCUAUGCACACAGCCAAGACAACGCAGGAGUGGCUUUGGGACAAGUCUCUGAAUGUCCUUGAGUGGCCCAGCCAGAGCCCAGACUUGAACCCGAUUGAACAUCUCUGGAGAGACCUGAAAAUAGCUGUGCAGCGACGCUCCCCAUCCAACCUGACAGAGCUUGAGAGGAUCUGCAGAGAAGAAUGGGAGAAACUCCCCAAAUACAGGUGUGCCGAGCUUGUAGCGUCAUAACCAAGAAGACUUGAGGCUGUAAUCGCUGCCAAAGGUGCUUCAACAAAGUACUGAGUAAAGGCUCUGAAUACUUACGUAAAUGUGAUAAUUAUGUUUUUUGUUGUAAUAAUUUAGCAAAAAAUUUCUAAACCUGUUAUUGCUUUGUCAUUAUUGGGUAUUGUGUGUAGAUUGAUGAGGGGGGGGGGAAACUAUUUAAUCCAUUUUAGAAUAAUGCUGUAACGUAACAAAAUGUGGAUGUCGUCAAGGGUACUUUCUGAAUGCACUGUAUAUCUGAGCUCUGCUCCUGGACACGAGAGCAUGUAGAACCCUGGUCCCUACCCUGGUCCCUACCCUGCUCCUUACCCUGCUCCCUACCCUGGUCCUUACCCUGGUCCUUACCCUGGUCCCUACCCUGCUCCCUACCCUGGUCCCUACCCUGGUCCUUACCCUGGUCCUUACCCUGGGCCCUACCCUGGUCCCUACCCUUGUGCUCAGAACCAGAUGCCACUAAAGAUGAUGGAAACUGGAGAGGGACAAUACUAUUUUGAUUUAUAGAUACACAAUGCUACACAUCAAUAUAUAAUUCAACUGAAAUUAUGUAACGAAAACUGAGUCUUAAAUUCACAUUCCUUUUCCUGUUUUUUGAUUGUGAAAACCCCACAAAAACCUGCCCAUUUUGUAAUAUUAAAGCCACUUUGGCCAAACCAAAACAACCAACACAUUUGUUUUAAGAACCUUCUACAGUAUGGCUUUUGUCACAUCUCCAGAACAUGCUGUUUGAGAGCGUCUUAAAUCUAGAACUGUCCCCUAACCCAGUCUCUCUCUCGGCUGCGCUCCAUUACGUUCUUAAAUCUAGAACUGUCCCCUAACCCAGUCUCUCUCUCGGCUGCGCUCCAGAACAUGCUGUUUGAGAGCAUCCAGGAGGGGAAGUACGAGUUCCCUGAGAAGGACUGGCAGCAGAUCUCCUCUGGAGCCAAAGACCUCAUCACCAGACUUCUAGUCAGAGACGCCAAGAACCGCCUCAGUGCUGCUCAGGUCCUGCAGCACCCCUGGGUCAGAGGGGUACGGAUCCUAUCUGUUUCUCUACCUGUCGCUCUGUGUGUCGGUCGGUCUGUCGGUCUGUGUGUCUGUGUGUGUCGGUGUCGGUGUGUGUGUCGGUCUGUGUGUGUGUGUGUGUGUGUGUCGGUCUGUGUGUGUGUGUGUCGGUCUGUGUGUGUGUGUCGGUCUGUGUGUGUGUGUCGGUCUGUGUGUGUGUCGGUCUGUGUGUGUGUGUCGGUCUGUGUGUGUGUGUGUCGGUCUGUGUGUGUGGGUCUGUGUGUGUGUGUGGGUCUGUGUGUGUGUGUCAUCUGUGUGUGUGUGGGUCUGUCUGUGUGUGUGUGUGUGUCGGUCGGUGUGUGUGUCGGUGUGUGUGUGUGUCGGUCUGUGUGUGUGUGUGUCGGUGUGUGUGUGUGUGUGUCGGUCUGUGUGUGUGUGUGUCGGUCUGUGUCUCUCGAUCUCUGUUUUUCUCACUAUCUAUCUGGCUCAAAUAAAAUGUCACAUGCUUGGUAAACAACUAACAGUGAAAUGCUUAAUUCCCAACAAUACAGAGAGAGAAAUCUAACAAUAGAAAAAUGAGGAAUACAUCCAAAGAGUAACUAUAUACCCGGGGUACCAGUACAGAGUCUAUAUACCCGGGGUACCAGUACAGAGUCUAUAUACCCGGGGGACCAGUACAGAGUCUAUAUACCCGGGGUACCAGUACAGAGUCUAUAUACCCGGGGUACCAGUACAGAGUCUAUAUACCCGGGGGACCAGUACAGAGUCUAUAUACCCGGGGUACCAGUACAGAGUCUAUAUACCCGGGGGUACCAGUACAGAGUCUAUAUACCCGGGGGACCAGUACAGAGUCUAUAUACCCGGGGUACCAGUACAGAGUCUAUAUACCCGGGGGACCAGUACAGAGUCUAUAUACCCGGGGUACCAGUACAGAGUCUAUAUACCCGGGGGACCAGUACAGAGUCUAUAUACCCGGGGUACCAGUACAGAGUCUAUAUACCCGGGGUACCAGUACAGAGUCUAUAUACCCGGGGGACCAGUACAGAGUCUAUAUACCCGGGGGACCAGUACAGAGUCUAUAUACCCGGGGGACCAGUACAGAGUCUAUAUACCCGGGGUACCAGUACAGAGUCUAUAUACCCGGGGGACCAGUACAGAGUCGAUGUGCAGGGGGACGAGGUCAUUGAGGUAGAUAUGUACAUAAAGGUAGGGGUAAAGUGACUAGGCAAUAUGAUAGAUAAUAAACCGUAACAGCAGCGUACGUGGUAAGUCAAAAGAGUUGGUGCAAAAGGGUCAAUGCAGAUAGUCCAGGUAGCUAUUGGUCUUAAGGCUUGGAGGUAGAAGCUGUUCAGGGUCCUGUUGGUUCCAGACUUGGUGCAUCGGUACCGCUUGCCGUGCUGUAGCAGAGAGAAGUCUAUGACCUGGGUGGCUGGAGUCUUGGACAAUUUUAAGGGCCUUUCUUUUCCCUGCCUGGUUUAGAGGUCCAGGAUGGCAGGGAGCUCGGCCCCAGUAAUGUACUGGGCCGUACGCACUACCCUCUGUAGCGCCUUGUGGUUGGAUGCCAAGCAGGUGCCAUACCAGGCGGUGAUGCAGCCAGUUAAGAUGCUUUCAACGGUGCAGCUGUAGAACCUUCUGAGGACAUCCACUGACCACCUCCCUGUAGGCUGCGAUCAGACAGGCCAACCACCGUCGUGUCGUCAGCAAAUAUAAUGAUGGUGUUUGAGUCUUGCGUGGCCACGCAGUCGUGGGUGAACAGGGAGUACAGGAAGUCCUGGGAUCCAGUUGCAGAGGGAGGUGUUCAGUCCCAGGGUCCUAAGCUUAAUGAUGAGCUUGGAGGGGACUACGAUGUUGAAUGCUGAGCUGUAGUCAAGGAACAGCAUUCUCACGUAGGUGUUCCUCUUGUCCAUGUAGGAAAGGGCAGUGUGGAGCGCAAUAGAUCUGUGGAACUGUUGGGGCGGUAUGCAAAUUGGAGUGGUCUGGGAUGAUGGUGUUGAUGUGAGCCAUGACCAGCCUUUAAAAGCACUGCAUGGCUAUAGAUGUGAGUGCUACGGGUCGGUAGUCAUUUAGACAGGUUACCUUCGCUUUCCUAGGCACAGGGACUAUGGUGGUCUGCUUGAGGGUAUUACACACUGGGUCAGGGAGAGGUGAAAAUGUCAGUGAAGACACUUGCCCAACUGGUCAGCACAUGCUCGGAGUACGCGUCCUGGUAAUCCGUCUGGUCCCGUGGCCUUGUGAAUGUUGACCUGUUUAAAGGUUUUACUCACAUCGGCUAUGGAGAGCGAGAUCACAGUCGUCCGAAACAGCUGGUGCUCUCAUGCAUGGUUCAGUGUUGCUUGCCUCGAAGCGAGCAUAUACUGAAUUUAGCCCAUCUGGUAGGCACUGGGCAGCUCCCGGCUGGGUUUCCCUUUGUAAGCCAUGAUAGUUUGCAAAGCCCUGCCACAUCCAUGGAGCUUCAGAGCCAGCGUAGUAGGAUUUGAUCUUAGUACUGUAUUGAUGCUUUGACUGUUUGAUGGCUCUUGUUCUGUCUCGCUCUCUUUCUCUCUCACUUGUCUAUCACACUCUGUCCCUCUCAAUCUUUCUCUUGAUCGCGCCAUCUCUCCAUCUCUCGGUUUAGCUCUGUUUUUGAACUGUAAGAUGAUUGAGCAACUUUGACCUCCAAUGGAAGGGACAAAAGGAAGCUGCCUAGAAUCCAUGACCUAAUCAUUCCACGUCUGUCUCCUCUCCCUAAGUGUGCUCCCAACACCGUGCCCUCCAUGCUGAACCACAGAGGCAGCAGAGCCCAGGACCUGACCUUCUUCGCCGGCCAGGCUGUGGCCGUCACCCGCCAGCUAGCUGAGCAGGACGAGAGCGACCGUCAGGAGAGAGAGGACCUCGACAAAGACGAGGUGUCUGAGGAGGAGGAGUCGCUGGGGUCCCUCUCUCUGUCCCCCUCGCCCCACCACAUGGCUACCAGCACCACUGCCAGCUGCAGCCUCAGCCCCCGGAGCUCCCUGCGCCCCCUCUCCCCCUUGUCCUCUCGGCUGGCCCGGCGCAGGAGGAGAGGGCUCCCCCACACGGGGCCGGUGUGUGCCUCUGAGCUUCGGCAGCUCCUUGCCCCCCUGGUCAUCAUGGGGGACUGUGCCUGAAACCACUAAUAACCGUUAAACUGACCGACCAACUGCAAACCCAACCUGAUAAUGCUCCUGAAAAAUCAGUUCCACUCCUCCUCCCACCUCUCUUCCCCCUCCCCUCAUCUUUUUCAUCACUAAGCCACACCUGCAAUACCUCAGUGGCGUGGAUGAUGAUGAUGAUGAUGUGGUCUUCGCAGCACAUAAGCACAUUGACCCUCUGCCUAAUUCGAAGACUCUUCUACUCUUGGG